AUGGCCUCUGCCUGGUCUGAAGAGGAGACCUUUAUCUGCUCAAUAUGCCUGGACACCCUGAAGAACCCAGCCACUCUGUCCUGUGGACAUUCAUACUGCUUGGCUUGUAUCCACAACCACUGGGACAAAAGAGACAGCAGAGGUGAGUACAACUGCCCCCAGUGCAGGCAGGUCUUCAACCCUAGACCCUCACUGGCUAAGAGCACUGUGCUAGUGGAAGCUAUGGAGAAACUGAGAACCAACAGCUUCAAGCAGAGCUCCUUCACCGCUGGGUCUUCUGCCCCACCAUCAAUGCCGAUCUACAUAGAGGUCCUACCAGACAGAGGGCCAGAACGACAGGGCAGCAUUUACCCUCAGCUUCCCACAAUGGAACCCAGGCCCUGCCCUCAACACAACCGACCCAUGGACCUGUUUUGCCAUGAAGACAUGGAGUGUGUGUGUGAAGUAUGUUGCCAGCAAGGACACAAGGGACAUCAUGUGGUCAAACCGCAUGAGGAAAGGAGGGAGAGGCAGAAAGAGCUUGUCCAAAUGCAGGCUGACGUGCAGAGAAGAAUCAGGGACACAGAAAAGACGCUUAAUGUGCUUCCACAUGUUUCCCGCCAACACAAGGCCUUGGUACAGGCUCUACAGCAAGAGAGCUCAGAUUUGUUCUCAGAGCUUGUGAAGAGCGUGAAUCAAACUGGAAUCCAGAUGGGUGAGCUCCUCAGCACCCAUGAGGCCUCGCUGGGCAGCCAGGUAGAGGGGCAGAUCAACAGCCUGGAGCAGGAGGUGGCUCAGCUGCACUGGAAGAGUGAAGAACUAAACAGGCUGGUGGGCAUGCAGGACCACAUCUGCUUCUUGAAGAAUUUCUUCACCAUGGAGCUGCCGGGUCAGACUGGUGCCACAGGAGAGCCAAACCUGAGUCAGGAUCAAGCAGAGGUGUCCUCCAUCCGCUCAGCCUUCAAAGAACUUCAAGAGGCAAUACAGGAGCAAUGCAAAGCAAGCGUGGCCAAGAUCUGCAGCUUAUUGAAUCAGGACCAUGUGGCUCCAACAACCAACGGCACAGAAGCAGCAGCAGGGGGCGCUACUGCAGCUGAUAACAGUGGUCAGUGCAGUGCAAGAAACACAGUAUAUGAGAUGACAACAGACCCUCCACCUUUGCCACCACCACGAUCUCAGGGUCAGGAGUCGUCCCCCAAAUCUCAGUCUCUGCGGCCUGCAAGUCUUCAUGCUUCAGCCCCCCCUCCUCCGUACCUUCCUCCUCAACCUGAAGCACCUCCUGCAACUAAACUGGGACUUGCUAAUCCAGACCCAAAAACCAGAGGGGAACUGCUGAAAUUUCGCUUUGAACCCACCAUGGACCCUAACACGGUGUACCGCCAUGCGCAGCUGUCAGAUGGAGGUCGCAAUGCCAAAAUGCGGGCAGAGAACCUGAACCCACCGGACCAUCCAGAGCGCUUCGACUUUUGGAGACAAGUUGUCUGCACAGAGCCCCUCGCAGGGAGUCCUUACUACUGGGAGGUGGAGUGGACUGGCCAGAAGAUCACCAUCGGCGUGGCCCACAAGGAGAUGGAGCGUAAAGGCUCCGGUGACACAAGCCGUUUGGGCCACAAUAAUCUCUCCUGGACCUUGUACUGGUCCGGGACCGGCUUCUCCUUCUGGCACGAUGGCAAAGAAAAACAUCUGGGCUCAUCUAAGGCCCGACGAAUCGGGGUAUAUCUGGACCAGCAUGCAGGGAUUCUAGCUUUUUACCGCAUCGCCAAGAACCAGGCUGAACUCAUCCACCGCCACCAGACCCAGUUCACAGGUCCGCUGUAUCCAGGGUUCAGGUUCUGGGCAGGAGUAGGGACAGGAGUGACUAUUUGUCCGUUGGAUUAAACUGAAUCUGACUUGUGAUGAUAUUCUGUAAAUGACAUACGAUGUGAUGGUGUUUAGAAAUGUCUGGGUUUAUGACAUCAUUCUGUCUCAAGCCUGUAUUGUUGUGAAGGAAAUGUUCUAAAGUUAUUCUUUGUAAUUUAAU